UAAGGAUGAUAAAUGAUGAAAAUUUUGUCAAUAACCACAAAAUUGGAACACCGAAAAAGACGGAUAUGGAGGAUAAAAGUACCAAAUUCAGUAAUGGGAUAAAAAGCUUAGAUGCCUCGUUAAUCGGUGAUAAAAUAUCUAAAGAAUCAUCAGGAAACAUUCAUAAAAUGUGGGAACCAAUGCUGUGUGUCCAAAAUGAAAUAGCUACUAAAUCUAUCAAAGAGAACUUGGAUAUAAUCGAGAAUAAUUUAGACGAGGUAAAGCAGUUAAGCAAAGAGGAAAUGAAACCCAAGGAUGAAGAACUCGAUCUGGACUUGGAAGAAAUUUCGCCUGAGGUAAUGGAGUACGCUAAACGAGAACUUGGUGAAACAGAUGAGGUCAAGUGUCAAACGUUACAAGAGCUAAGAGAUAUGAUAUAUGAAAGAGGUGAAUGUACUCCCCACAGGAUGGAUGACGCUUUUUUGAUUAGAUUUCUUCGUGCACGCAAUUUCAAUGUUAAUCGAGCGCAUCGGUUGGUUGUUAGGUAUGUCAAUUUCAAAGAAGACCAUCCAGAAAUCCAUAAAGAUGUAAAUCCACUGAAUAUGCGUCAUAUUGGGGAUGAUGACGUAAUGACAGUGCCAGCGUACAGAACACAGUGUGGACGUAGAAUGAUGAUUUAUAGAAUGGGUAAUUGGGAUCCAAAAAAAUAUGGCAUUGAAGAAAUAUUCAAAGCGACGGUCAUUAUCCUUGAAUUAGGUGUAUUGGAACCACGCGCACAAGUUCUUGGUGGAGUUGUUAUUUUUGAUCUUCAAGAUAUCACUAUAGCGCACGCUUGGACUAUUACACCUCAGAUCGCCAGCAUGGUAAUGGCAUUAAUGGUAUCGUCGUUUCCAAUGAAAACGUACGCAAUUCAUAUUCUUCACCAAUCUUGGGUAUUUGACAUGAUAUAUGCAAUGUUCAAACCUCUUAUAAACAAAGAUAUGAAGGAACGUGUAUUUUUCCAUGGUGAUAAUAUGGAAAGCCUCCAUAAACAUAUUGCGCCUUCGCAUUUACCCAAGAAAUAUGGAGGUACGAGAGAAGAGUUGCCAUAUUAUAAGUGGAUUGAUUCACUCAGCUUGAAACCUAAAAUUGUAAAGGAAAUGCACUCUCUUGGUUAUAUUGUACCAGAAGAGCUGAUUAAAGGUCUUUGA